AUGGUGAUAGUGGUACGCAGGCAGAACAUGGAGGACAUGCUGCUUACAGCAUUGCUUUGUGUGGUAACAGUAACACCUACAGUCACCCCAUCAGUUUCCCUAGCUUCCACUCAAGAGAAUUACACAACAGGCUUUCCUCCAAGCACCACCGAGCAUCAACACCAAUCACACACAACUUUGAAUACAACAGUAGCAGACAAUAACACAACAACCUUGCUCCCAAACACCACCAAGCAUCAACACUCACAUGCAACCGUAACCAUGACUACAGCAGAAAUUGUAAGCGCAAGCACCUCUGACUCCUCACGCAACUCCUCCACCAUGAACACAACCUCACCCCCACUCACACCCAGCACAACAACAGAGACAUCCCCCAAGUGCAUCUACACCCUCGAAGAAGAAAACGAUACUGUGACAGUGAAAAUUGACAAGAAUGACUCAGCAGUCAAAUACAAGAUUAAAUUCACAGACACAUCAGAUGGAAGCAGUACAAAAACAUGGCCAGAAGAGUCUUUCCCAAUAUCACUUAAAUCAUUUAAGCCUUGCCAAAAUUACACUGUCACUCUUAUUCCUUCCUGUAAACCCACGACUGGAUUUUUUAAAACAAGAGAAUUAGUUGACUCAGAUGUAAGCCACACGUUGAAGAUAACUGGGGCAAAAGUACAAGUGUGUUUUGAGACCAAAUGGAAUCUGAGUGAAUGUGUUGAUCUCAAUACCAGUAACUCCUGCACUGACUAUAGCGUGACUUUUAAAGGAGAUCCCUGCAAGAAAUCUAUCCCUUUCACACUUCCCCCAGGAAAGCCUGUUAUUAAUUAUACAAACGAGUUCCCUACGAAAUUAUGUUGGGACAAUCGGCCUUCAAACUGCGGAAAAGACCUCACAUACAACUGCAAUGGUUUGACAGUUGCAGAUUUUGAAGAUUUGAAACCUUUUCAUGAUUAUGAAUGCACUGGGACAUAUGAUUAUGAGAGUGGAACAAUUACAAGUAAUCCCAUCCGAGUUAAGAUUGAUUGUGAUAUAGUGAAUGAGCCCAGUCUCUCUGUAAGUCAUAAUAGCAUUCAUGCAUCCUGGCAAUUGGAUAGCGAGAACUGUCCAUCGAUCACCACAGACUUCACCUGGAAAGUAACGUGCAAAGAACAUGGUUCCACCAGCUCUUUAAAAGGGCACUGUACUAAGAACUCCUGUGAAUUUUCUAAUUUGAAAAGUUUUACUGAAUAUACUUGUGAGUUUGAAGCAGCUUAUGAAAACAAACCAUUUCACACCACUACCAAAACUACAAAAACCUGGCCUGGACAACCGUCUUACACAAAAGGUCCAACAAAAAAAGAUGAAAGCCAUAAUGCUUUCAAAGUGAGCUGUUCAAUCGACAGUUGGAAUGGCGAUUCGGGAAAGAUCUUCGCAGAGCUCUACAUUAAUGAUCAUCUGCAAGAGAAUAAAACAGACUGCAAUGGAAAAAUUUGUGAUUUUCAUUUCACAAACCUCUACUACUCAACAAAAUAUACAAUUAAGGUGUAUGCCCAAAAUGGUAAUGGGAACAGAACAGUUAUCCUUGCUAUGGAUCAUUCCACUACAUACAAUGACAAAGCCGUUAUUGGAUUCCUGGCCUUUCUCGUUGUUCCUACAUCUGUUGCACUGCUGUUUGUCCUCUACAAAAUCUAUCUUUCAAUGAGAGAGAAGUCAAGCUCUGUGUCACAGAUGAUGUUUCCUGAACCCUCUCAUGUGUGGCUUUAA